AUGCUCCGAUCAGUGCGAAGUGCGGCACCAGCCGCCCGAGGCCUGCUACGUAAUGGGCCGAGGGCAGCGAAUGCAUGUGCCAUUGCUGUUCAGGGCAGAAGCACCAGCGGAUUUGCCGCGAGAACCACGCAAUCCCAAUUCCAGACGCAACAGCGCCAGAGCUUCCACGCGAGCACCAGCAGAAUGACGGCAGCCACACGGACGGAGAGUGAUGCCUUUGGCGAGAUCCAGGUGCCGGCGGACAAGUACUGGGGCGCACAGACGGAGCGGUCACUGGAAAACUUCCGGAUCAACCAGCCGCAGGACCGCAUGCCGCCGCCGAUUGUGCGGGCAUUUGGCAUCCUGAAGGGCGCAGCAGCGGCGGUGAACGUGCAGUAUGGCCUGGACCCCAAGAUCGCAUCGGCAAUCCAGCAGGCGGCAUCCGAGGUGGCGGACCUCAAGCUGGUCGACCACUUCCCGCUGGUGGUGUGGCAGACAGGCUCGGGCACGCAGUCCAACAUGAACGCCAACGAGGUGAUCUCGAACCGGGCGAUCGAGAUCCUGGGCGGCACGAUGGGCAGCAAGAAGCCGGUGCACCCGAACGACCACGUCAACCGCAGCGCGUCGUCCAACGACACGUUCCCGACGGUGAUGCACAUCGCGGCCGUGCUGGAGAUCGAGGGCGAGCUGCUGCCGGCGCUGCGCAGCCUCCGGGCCGCGCUGCAGGCCAAGGUCGAGCACUUUGAAGAGCGCAAGAUCAUCAAGAUCGGCCGCACGCACCUGCAGGACGCCACGCCGCUCACGCUGGCCCAGGAAUUCUCCGGCUACGUGGCCCAGCUGGACUACGGUGUGCAGCGCGUCGAGUCGGUCCUGCCGGCGCUGCGGCAGCUCGCCCAAGGCGGCACGGCCGUCGGCACCGGCAUCAACACGUACAAGGGCUUCGCUGAGGCUAUCGCGGCCGAGGUCAGCAAGAUGACCGGCACGCACUUUGAGACGGCCCCGAACAAGUUUGAGGCCCUCGCCACGCACGACGCCCUCGUCCACGCGUCCGGCAGCCUCAACACUCUCGCCACGUCGCUCAACAAGAUCGCCCAGGACAUUCGCUACCUCGGCAGCGGCCCGCGCUGUGGCCUCGGCGAGCUCAACCUGCCCGAAAAUGAGCCCGGCAGCAGCAUCAUGCCCGGCAAGGUCAACCCCACCCAGUGCGAGGCCCUGACCAUGGUCUGCGCCCAGGUCAUGGGCAACCACGUGGCCACUACCAUCGGCGGCAUGAACGGCCAGUUCGAGCUCAACGUCUACAAGCCGCUCAUCAUCCGCAACGUCCUACACAGCGUCCGCCUCCUGGCCGACGGCAUGCGCUCGUUUGAAAAGAACCUCGUCGUCGGCCUGCAGGCCAACGAGGCCAAGAUCUCUAGCAUCAUGAAAGAGUCGCUCAUGCUCGUCACCUGCCUCAACCCCAAGAUCGGCUACGACAUGGCCAGCAAGGUGGCCAAGAACGCCCACAAGAAGGGCCUGACGCUGAAGCAGAGCGCCCUGGAGCUCAACGCCCUCAGCGAGGAGGAGUUCGACGCCCUUGUGCGGCCGGAGCUGAUGGUCGGCCCCGCCGAAUACAAGGCUUAG